AUCCGGGCACCCGCGGCUGGCGCGCUUGCGUCCGCCACGCCACUCCGGCUCUGCCCGUAGCCAUGCUGAAGUGCGGGAUGACGGGCGGUCAGGUGAAAGUAUUUGGGAAAGCAAUACAAACGCUAUCACGAGUGAGCGAUGAACUGUGGCUAGACCCGUCUGAGAAAGCUUGCUCUGAGAUCUGUGAAUUCUUGUCAUUCCACUUAUGGCUAUGUCCUGUUCUCAUCUAUGUUUUUUCAACAUUAUCAGUGGUCACCCUCAGCCACCAUGAGUGAUACUGAUAUACAACUGAAUUUGAAUUGCAAAGUGACAAUAAAGUCAAUCCUGCCAAUCUUUAGAUGUCUGAAUUACCUUGAAAGAAGUGUAGAGAAGUGCACAAUAGUCGCCAGAGCGGAUAAAUGCAGAGUCGUCAUUCAGUUCUUCUGCAAGCAUGGUAUUAAAAGAACUCACAAUGUGUAUUUCCAAGACAGCCAGCCCUUGAAAAUUCUCUUUGAAAAGAGCUUGUGUGCGAAUAUCCUGAUGAUUAAACCAAGACUGCUGACUGAGGCCAUUGCUCUUCUAACAUCAAAUCAAGAGGAAGUCACCUUCUCUGUUACUCCAGGGAACUUUUGCCUCAAGAGUUCAAGUGGGGAAUCGCUGGAUUUGACCAGCUCUGUGUACAGUGAGAUGUCUUUUGGCCCGGAAGAGUUUGACUUCUUUCAGGUUGGACUUGAUACCGAGAUAACAUUUUGCUUUAAAGAACUGAAGGGGAUCCUCACCUUCUCAGAAGUGAUGCAUGCACCCCUAGCCAUCUACUUUGACUUUCCUGGAAAACCGCUUGUUUUGAGUGUUGAUGACAUUCUCUUGGAGGCGAACUUUAUCUUGGCCACGUUAGUGGAUUCUCCAAGUAGAACAUCUUCACCACAGUCACUGCCCCUUCCCCAGGCACGAAGGUCAGACCCCACACAGUCCCAUGCCCCGGAGAGUAAAAGCGGAGUCACUCAGACCCCAGAGAGCAUCUCUCGAGCAGCGCCCAGAAGACUGUUUCCCAAGGAUCCUCUUGACAACAGCUCUGCGGCAGAGACCAAGAGAGCCAGCCAGGAUGACAUCUGCGAAGUGCCUGAAAGUGUUGUGAGUGACAAGGAGGAAGAGCCAAGCCCUUCACACCUCAGAAAGUUUUCCUUCAUGUUCUUUGGAGCUGUAUCUUGUGAACAGCAAGAGCAAGCUGGCCACCCCUUGGACAGCCUGGCAGUAGCAAGUGACAGUGAAGAGGACCCCUCAGCUGCUCUGGUUCCUGUGUGCUACGCAGUGGGAGGCAGAAAGCAUGCAGUGAAGUCGGUGUGAGUCAUCGGACACAGCAGCCUGAGCUCAGCCUGGAGAGGAACAAGAACUAUUCCUGCAUAAGUUAUAUUUCCGACAUCAAUUCAGGUCAUUGCCUCUGGUAGGACGCAUGAUGAUAGUCUCAACAGCAAAGGCGGCUCAUCAGUACACACAGACCCAGACUUGCUUCGUCAUCUACUCAGUGUUGCCACAGACCUACCUACUAACAGUUAGGUUUUCACGUGGACACUGCUUUAUUGAGAAGUUUAAUUUUGUGAUAAAUUUACUUUUUUGAAAGAAAUAGAAUCCAAAUGUCUUCUGUUUCAUAUUUCAUUGUUUUAUGAUAUGUUUUUUUUCUUUUUUUGCUAUCGCAAAUAUUUUUUAAUGUAAAAAUGUGACAGUCUCCAGGAAAGUGAGUGUUACAACUUUGCCAAAGAGAGCUGCUAUACAGUGACAUGGAGCCAUGAACCUACUCAAAAGUACAAACACACGCAGCCUUAGCCAAUCCCGCCAGCUGCCUGCAAACCACUCCUGGGGAUGGCAGCUCUGCCCUGUUUCCAUCUGCUGGCUACUCUAACUAGAAGAAGGCAGCGGCAGAGGGCACUCUCCUGCCUCAGAGCUCAUACCCUGUCUCCAGCCCCAGCCCAACCCAGACACACACCUGGAAUGGAUUCUCUGUGAGUUAGUAGCCUAUCGACCAAGCCAAGCACGCAGGUAACCUGGGAGACAUAACUUGUUUCCCCUCACUUCUUUCUGUUUGUAAGAGCCUUGGGACUUUAGCUACUUCAUCUCCACUUGAUAAUUUUAUAUUUUUUGUGCGCAGGCAGCUUAAGUUCAUAGGAAGAAAUAAGGUUCUGAUAUGUUUAGAGUGCACAUUUUUAAAACAGAACAAAAUAAAAAUUUCAAGCAUGUGAUAAAAAUAGUGAUUUUUUUAUAAUACAGUAUUGCUUUAUAAAUAUAGAUGGAAAAGCUAUAAACUUUACUGGUCUUUGGUGCAUCCAGAGGGAUAAAUAAUUUGCCAUUUGUAAAUUAAGACCCAAAUUUUCUCUUUUGUUAAAAAAGUUCACUCUGAGAG